UGAAAGAGGAUAAAAAUGAGCUGGGAUAACGAAAGUGUUAUAAAACUUAUCGAUGCCUACAAAAGAAAAGAGCUGUUAUGGGAUCCCAAGCAGAAGAAUUACUUCAACAAACUGUUGAAAAAAGACGCUUGGGAUGAACUGGAGGUAGAGUUACAACGUCCUUUGGAACAAAUUAAAAAGAAGAUGGAUUACUUGUUGGCGGCCCUUCGGCGAGAAAAACAAAAAAUUACAAAAACAAAAACUACGGGUCAAGGUUCUGAUGAAGUGUACCGAUCAUCCUGGUUUGCUUACCCACAUAUGUUGUUUCUUCUCGACAGAAACAAGCCACGAGACAGAAUUAAUACCGAAGAUUUAAUUGAGGACAAUGAAAAAGUACUCGACGAUGGAUCUGAAGUAUCAGCGGAGGAAGGAAUCGGGAACCAAGCACAUGUGAACGAGGUACCUGAGACUCCCGAGAGUCAACUAGAUGAGAGCCAAGUGACUAUGACGCAAGAGUCCAGGAACCCAGCGUCUGCAGCGACAAAAUUCAAGCAUCCUGUACCAAUAAAAAAGGCAAAAAAAAGUGUUUUGCAAAAUGACCCAAUCCUAAGUGAAGCAUUGCAAUUGAUGAGGUCUUCAGCACAAGCUGCCACUGCUACUCUUGCCAGUACUGCUUCAUCUGCAGCUGUUGCACCAGAUCAAUAUCAAAUUUACGCAAAUUAUUUAGCGUCCAAAUUUCGAACUUAUACAGCCACUACUUACAUGGCUGUUGAACACCAGAUAAACAACAUAUUGUUUUCUGCUGAUAGAGGAGAGUUUGACUGGGAAAGAGGUUAUUUAACCGACUCCAACUCCAGUCAAGCGUCUACACCGGCUUCAACGCCAAAUCAGAACGUUGCUAAUUCUGAAAAGUCGCAACAUUCUGAUGAUUUUAGUGACCUUGUAAGAUUUAAUAACCUGUAAUGUUCUUUUACUUUAAUAAUAAAAUAUGGCUUACCUUUAUUUGUUGUUUUAAUACAUUGAGAAUAGCUUGACAAGUCUCUGGUACUAUUAGACUAAUUGCUUGCUUCGAUACUCUGAAAGUAUAUUGCAAACUUGUAAAAGAAUCCCCACUUGCGAGGAAUCUUAGAGUAAUACUAAGUCUUUCUUUCACUGAAAUCGCGUUUCUAAAUUUGGUAUCAGUUUUUUUAAUCACUGGGCCAAUCAUGUUUAUUAAAUACUCAACAUCAAUGGGUGACAUGCGAGUGAAGUUUUUGUAUUUUCCACUGGUAUGCUGAAAUUUUAAAUCUCGCAUCAAUGGUAUUCCACCAUGUUUGUUUCGGUUUCUAAACACUUCAAGCUCCCACCAGCGCCGUCUACGUCUGGAUUUAACUUUUUUUGAAAUACUAUUAAUUAUAAUAUAACAGGCGCAAGUCACCGCCAAAUUGUGAGCAAUUGCUGGCAUGGCUAAACCGUUUGGGAACGAAGACAUGACUGAACCGUACGAGAAGGGAAAGGUGCACUGAAAGACACGCGUAUCAGGAUACAUCGGAAGAAAAGUGAAGCGUCUAUAUUUGUAAAGUUAAAGCCGAUACACCGACAUGAUACAGCAUUCGAUAAGUAUGGACGCGUUUUUUACAUGAUACGCCUUAAAUAUACGACAUGGACAAAAUGAGCGUCCAUAUUUAUGAUACAAACACUAGAUACGAUACGAGUGAUCGUGAUACGUCAACAUGCUACAAAUGUGGACCCG